AAACAAUUAACAAAAGUUUCGCAUAACACUUGCUUCCAUAAAUUUUGAAACUUUUUUCCUGGCGCUAUUUAUACUUAUUCAUAUUUCAGAGAUGUCCACUUAAAAUUAGCGGACUUGAAUUUGGUAGGGAGAAGAUAUCACAAUGUGCCAAGUUUGACAAAAAAUUUAUAAGACGACGUUUCUUCGUGGGAGCAUCAGAAGUAAGUGAACACAAUGGCAUUUUAUAUCAAAGAAAAAGUGGCUGUAGUUAGUGGCGGUGCUUCUGGUAUAGGAUUAUGUUGUGCGAAGGAGCUUCUAAAAGGGGGUUUAAAGGCUGUCACUAUAGCUGACAUAAAUGAAGAACUGGGGAAAGAUGCGGAAAAAACAUUAUGCUCCGAAUUCGGCGAUAAUAAAGCGUUAUUUAUAAAAACAGAUGUUACAAAUUCGGACCAGUUUGAAGCGGUCUUCAAAACAACAUUAGAAAAAUGGAAAUCAAUCGACCUAGUUAUAAACAACGCUGGAGUAUUAAACGAUAGCCAAUGGGAAAUGGAAGUAGCAGUGAACUGUAACGGAGUAGUGCGAGGAUCUCUACUCGGUAUGCGGUACAUGGGAAAGGAUAAUGGAGGAAGUGGAGGAAUGAUUGUCAACGUGGCGUCCGUUUUAGGGCUGCAACCUCUCUCCAGCUGUCCCAUUCAUGCGGCCACCAAACAUUUUGUGAUAGGAUUUAGUCGAUCUUUAGGAACACCUUACCACUACCGUCGAACAGGUGUUAAAGUAAUAACGUUAUGUCCAGGAUUUACAGAUACGCCUCACUUAAAGGAGGCGGCAAGGAACGCGUUUACGACUUUCGAUCCGAACAUCGGUGAACUAUUAACUAAAGAACUUCAAGGAUUUCCUUUACAACCAUCUGAUGCAGUCGCGAGGGCGCUGUCGGUGGUGAUGUCGAAAGGGGAUAACGGAAGUGUGUGGGUAUCUGAAGGCAAUAAACCGAUAUAUGAAAUUGUGAGGACGUUCAAACCCGUUUGAUAGAAGGAACGGCUCGUUUAAUUGCCAUGUUAACAGAGAAUCGGAAUUACGUUUUCUAUGGAAUUCACCCUCACCUGGAAUUUGUGGGAAUGUAAUGUUCACUAUUUUGUUUAGAAUUCAAUUUAAUAAAAAUUGUACUGUCAA